AUGGCGAUGCGCCAAAUUUCACCGGGAACUUCAGAAUGCGGAGAAUUCGAUGGAGCUUCACAAAUGCAGCUCGACAUGGACCGUGUCACUCGCAAUCUCAAAUCCUUCACCGAAUUUCAGCGCGAGACGGAGAAGAAGAUCGAUUCGAUAGAUCAACGGUUCGAUAAGCUGGAAUCGAAGAUGGAUUCGAUACUUUCCAUGAUCGCGCGACUAACACCAUCACAUCCGGGACAAACCUCAGCAACACCGCCGUUUUCAUCAACUCCGAUUCAGGUAUCUCCUCAAUUGGAACAAAACCUGAAGGAUGACUCGCUAGGAUAUCGAUCUGGGAAUUUGAAUUUAGCGAAUCGAGAUACCUUGUUGAAGAAAGUAGAAAUGCAUGUUUUCUCUGGGAAACAACCAUAUGUGUGGAUUAUUGAAGCAAAGAGAUUCUUCCACAUUGGCGGCUACACAGAGGAGGAAAAAUUGGAUAUCGUUGGGUUGAGUUUGGAAGGGAGGGUCAGAAAGUGGUACUAUUGGGAGCUACAAAGAAAUGUAUUCAAGAGUUGGUCAGCCUUCAAGGACAAACUGAUUCUGCGUUUCUCAGAAUCAAUUGAGGAAGCUCCAGGGAAGAGAUUGUUCAGAUUGAAGCAACAAGGAUCAGUCGAUGAUUACAUAACGGAGUUUGAGGAAUUGUCAUCAGUGGUACCAGGAUUAAGUGAUGAAACGUUGUCACACGUAUUUUACAAUGGCCUCACAACGGAGAUGCAGGAAGUGAUAAAAAUGAAGGAGCCUCGUAGUUUGGAACACCACAUAUCAGCGGUUCUCAGGAUGGAGUCGAGUGCGUUUUGCAAAGUCGUAAGUGAGACUCCAGGAGUUGAUACCAGCUCAAGACACAGAAAACCUGUCACUUCACAGAGAGCCUUAGUUCCGUUUGAGAGUCGACCUACAACUAUACCACCACGUUCUCAAGGGAAGGAGAAUGAACAGACAACAGGCCAUCAGAGACCUCGACAACGUUUAUCUGACACAGAAAUUAAGAAGAUGAAAGAAGACAAUAUUUGCUUCAAAUGCAAAGGGCCAUGGUCAUGCGAACACAGAGCAGUGUGCCCAAUGAAGGAAUUCCGAGUCUUGACAGUCAUCAAUGGUUUAGAAAUGGAGAUAUUCGAAGAAGCAGAGACAUAUGAAGAGUUGAAUGAACAAUUGGUGAUGGCUCACGAGGUCAGGAGUCUUUCAUUAAACUCGUUCUUGGGAAAGCACUCUCCAAAGACUCAGAAACUUUAUGGAAAGUUUAACAAGUCCAACGUGAUUGUGAUGCUGGACAGUGGCGCUUCACACAACUUUAUUUCACCAGAGUUAGUGAAGCGUUUGAAAUUGAAAUCUAGUGGAGAUGACAACCUCGACAUUCUUUUGGGCAAUGGUCUUACGGUACAAGGUGAUGGAGUGUGCCGUGACGUAACCUUUUCCCUAGUCGAUGUCAGCUUCAAAGCAGAUUUCAUAACAUUAGAACUGGGAGCAGUGGAUGUCAUCUUAGGUGUUCAAUGGCUUGAGACGCUCGGGAAAUGCGAAGUAGAUUGGAAGAAGUAG